UUUAUAACUUUGUCGUUAAACCCAGUUUGAUAAGUUAAGUUACAAAUCUUUCUUCAAAUCGAAAGCAUUCUUACCUAAGGUAUUUUCAGUAUUUGGUGUUAAAUCACCUUACUGAAUGUAGAUAAGUGCAUUAAGAAAUGAACACGGAAUCAACUUUUGCAUUUGUAAUUUGCUUCAUAAUACCGCUUUUGCACUUAGGAUCAUCCGAAUGUUCGGUUGACAUUUGUCAAUGGGAACGAUGGGCAUCUUGGUCGGCGGACUGCAUCUGCGGAGUUCCCGUUUUCAAUCGUUUUAGAUCAAGGGCGUUUUGUUGUGAUACGAAUUGGGGCUCGCAAGAAUGCAUGAAUAUUUGUGGAUUAAAUGCAGAUCAUGGCUUUGAAUCCGAAUCGUGUGUGGUCUGUUAUAAUGGCGGAUACUGGAAUUAUGCAGAAUGUCAAUGUAACAAGAGAUAUUACGGAAAAUGUUGCGAAUAUCGUGUCAACAUGUGCGAAGCAGUCCCAGCAGACGUCGUAUUCGUGCUGGAUUCUUCUGUAGGUCAGACUGAAGGUCAGUUCAAGAAGCAGCUAGAAUUCGUGGAACGCUUUGUCGAUACAGUCGGAAUCAGUAGUCCAUCCUUUCAGAUUGCAGUAGUUACCUUCGCGACCGAGGCACACACGGAGAUAGACUUUGACCAUCGGAUGACAAAGGAUGCGAUAAAGAAUAAAAUCCGGAGUGUACGAUUUAGACCUGGCGCUACAUUUACGGAAAAAGGGCUUGCUUUAGCCCGUAAUAUGCUUCAAUCACGAGGAAACCGGCUUUCUGGCCUCAAUAUUGAGAAGUUCACAUUUGUUCUGACCGACGGAAUGUCAACAGAUCGGAGAUCCACCAAGAGGGAAGCGAUGUAUCUUCGUAGUUUGUCUACUGUUGUUGUCGUGGGUAUUGGUCAAAUGGUUUCACACGAAGAACUACAAAUAAUUGCAUCACCGGCUGACCAGUUUACUCAUUCCUAUGUCUUCUCGGUCGAGAAUUUCGAUUCGCUGCAUACGUUGAUUGAUCGACUUAUCGACGCCACAUGUGGAAAGUGUAGUACAAGUAGUCGAACUGAUAUUAUAGCUUUGAUAGAUGAUCAUUCAUCAUCAGCCAUGACAACUACCGAGUUUAGUUUAGCUUUAAAUGGCAUUACUUAUAUAUUGCAACAUUUGAUGGCCUUUGCAAAAGUCAACGGACAGCGAUUUGGAGUUUCGCGUUUUGAUGAUUUUGAAAAUCAGUAUUUGUCUUUAACAAAUAGCCUGAAUAUUGACGAAAUGCUAAGUUAUGUACAAGGUUUGCGACAGUAUCGCAAAACCUGUCCGGCGUCUGAUUGUUCAGCUAACAUUCCACGAAAUAUUUCAACAGCUAUCAAUGAUGUACUACUUACUCAAUUUAUCAACACGGAUCCAAAAGCACGAAACGCAUUACUUGUGUUUACGUCUGGCCGCUUUGACAACAUUGAUAAGGUCCGGGAAGAGGUCGGAGUGAUAACUAGAGAUACAGGUGUCUAUGUGUUUGCUGUAGGCGCCGGGUAUGACUCGAACAUUGACGGACUUCAAUCCAUUGCACAGGAAGCGAGCAAUGUUUUCGUAGUGACAGAAGACAAUUUACAGACACUUGACGUCAUACAGUCCCAAUUAUCGUACAUUACCUGUUCUUAGUAAUUCACGUAGUUCACAAUGCAUUUAAAAUUGAUUAAACUAUUUGUAUAACAUUUCAAUUUCAACAUUAUAGUAUUUGUAUAUUUUGUAAUUAAUAUUGGGCUAAAUGUGAGGGAAGAUAACCACUGAACGGCUAAACCCCAAAUGCUUUGCAUUGACCGUCCCAAGGCAGUGGCAAGAGUUUUGGUAUUGCAUUUAUAACAUCGUAUACCCGAUUGGUAAUUUUGCAUAAAUAAAAGACUAAGGGAUAAUAA